CGUUCAGUAUCAUUUAAAACUUUUCACCGUUUGGUUCGGAGUGCGCUUCGCGAGCAGCAAGAUAUAUAACAAACGGGCCAACAAAAUAAAUCGCCUGUCGGCUGUCGUUUCUGUUUAUUCUCGUUUUUUGUUUUCACUGUGUAUUCGAUUACACACUCUCCUUUUGGAUUUUUUCGCAACGCGCGCGCCAAACUGUAAAAGGAAGCAUAAUAUCAAAACCAUAAAUAUUAUUGUAUUUUCUCGUCACUCAGUCAAAACUAAAAUAACUGUUAAAUGUUAACUGUAAACUCAAGAAAUGGUGAAGUAAAUGCAAACCAAGGCAAAGAGCCUACCAAAUACAACGGAACCUCUUCAAAACAAAUGCAAAUCUAGAAAGAAAAACGCAAACUGAAUUCAAAAGAAAUCCAAACAAACACAUUACAAAACCCAUUACAUUGUAACGUGUAACGUUCAGUAUCAGUGUUAGUGUCCGUGUUCGUAUCCGUGUGUGUGUGUGCGUGCGCUCUGUUUGGCUCAGGAUCGAAGCUCCUAUCCAACAGCCCCCACCGCCCCGCAGCCCCCGAAACGGCCUACUCAUGAAAUGCAAAAGCUGGUCCAAUAAAAUCAACAAUUUUGUUGUGCGAAAACUAAAGUCCAUUAAGAUUAACGGUACACAGCAGUUACAAUCGCCAAGCAGCGCCGCGAGCAUUGCAGCCGCCGCCGCCGUUGUCGUCUCUGCCUCGAGCAGCAGCAGCAGCAACGUUGCUGCCAACAGCAUCGAGCAGCAGCAGCAGCAGCAGCAGCAGCAACUAAACACAACGGCAACAACAAUGCCGGCGAUGCCAAAAGAAAAAGCCACAACUGCCGUUUCGUUAAGUGAGUCAAAUUUCUCAGCCCUUAAGCUGGUGGUUGUGGGCGCUAUGACGACAGCGACACGCCUACAGCAACAGCAACAGCAGCAGCAACUACAGCAACAACAGCAACACCACACCUGCGGCUGUGGCGCUGUCUCAGCAUCAGCAGCAACAGCAACAGCAGCAACGCCUGCUGGCCAUACAGAGAACAACAACAACAACAACAAUAACAACAGCAACAGCGGCAGCAACAAUCGCAGCUAUUGCCGCAGCAACAUGUAUCUGACAAACGGUUAUACUUCGCCGCUGGCAGCAGCCGUGGCCAGCAACAGUUCGUCAGUUGUGUCAACGCCGCAGCGCAUUAGAAUGUGUUGUCGAGAGUCGCCGUCGUACCAACGUCAGCUGCAGCAGCAGCAGCAGCAGCAGCAACAACAGCAACAGGAGCAAGCGCCUCCAGCUGCACAACAGCAACAACAACAACAUCAACAACAACAGCAGCAGCAACAACAACAGCAGCAGCAACAGCAGCAGCAACAACAACAGCAGGAGCAACAACAACAACAGCAACAAGUCGCGCCACCUCCUCGCCGCUCGCCCAACGACUUCAUCUUUGGCCGUUACAUUGGCGAGGGCAGCUUCAGCAUGGUUUACCUGGCCGUGGACAUUCACUCGCGUCGAGAGUAUGCAAUCAAAGUGUGCGAGAAGCGCCUAAUACUGAGAGAGCACAAACAGGACUACAUCAGGAGAGAGCGCGAAGUCAUGCACAUGAUGACCAGUGUUCCAGGCUUCGUCAAUCUCUCUUGUACGUUCCAAGACCAGCGUUCCCUCUACUUUGUGAUGACAUACGCCCGCAAGGGCGAUCUCCUGCCCUACAUCAACCGCGUCGGCAGCUUCGACGCCGCCUGCACGCGCCACUACGCGGCCGAGCUGCUGCUCGCCUGCGAGCACAUGCACCGCCGCAACGUGGUCCAUCGCGAUCUCAAGCCGGAGAACAUUCUGCUGGACGAGGACAUGCACACGCUGAUCGCCGACUUCGGCUCUGCUAAGGUCAUGACCCCGCGCGAGCGCCUGCAGGCGUCGGAUCUGCUCGCCAGCAGUGGCAGCUGCGAGGGGCAGCGACGUCGGCGCUCCGCACGCAGCUCCGACGACGACGACGAGGACAGCGAAGAGCUGUACGAUGAGCUGGACGAGGAGGAGCAGGACGACAGGCGCUUGUAUUACGACUACGAGGACGAGGACAACGAGGAGGACGAGGCGCCGACGGCCAAUGGCGAGGGAGUGCGCAGCAAUCGCCGGCGAUACCCUAACAUGCGAGCGCGCCGGGGUAGCUUCGUGGGCACCGCUCAGUACGUCUCCCCGGAGGUGUUGCAGAACGCGCCGAUCACACCGGCCGCCGAUCUCUGGGCACUCGGCUGCAUCAUCUAUCAGAUGAUAUCGGGUCUGCCGCCGUUCAGGGGCAGCAACGACUACGUCAUCUUUAAGGAGAUCCUCAGCUGCGCCGUUGACUUUCCGCAGGGUUUCGACAAGGACGCCGAGGACCUGGUUAGGCGGCUACUCAAGAUUGAUCCCCGCGAGCGCCUGGGCGCCCAAGACGAGUUCGGCUACUACGAGAGCAUCCGGGCUCAUCCCUUCUUCGCCGGCAUCGACUGGCAAACGCUGCGCCAACAGACUCCGCCUCCCAUCUACCCCUACCUGCCCGGAGUCAGCCAAGAUGAUGCGAUAUGCACGGUCAACGGCGUCAGCUACAAUCAGCCCAUCAGCGGGGAUCUGGAGCCGGGACUGGACGAGCGACAGAUCACGCGGCUGCUCAGCGCCGAGCUGGGCGUGGGCAGCAGCGCCGCAGCGCCCGCUCAAAAACCUUCCACGGCGAAAAAUUCCUUCGACUUGAGCGACGCCCAGAAACUGCAGCGGCUCGAGGCACAAAAGUCUGACAAAUGGCAUCCGUUUGCCGAAGGCGAGGUGAUCCUGAAGCGCGGCCUGGUGAACAAGCGCAAGGGUCUGUUCGCCCGGAAGCGGAUGCUGCUGCUGACGACGGGGCCGCGGCUCAUCUACAUCGAUCCCGUGCAGAUGAUCAAGAAGGGCGAGAUACCCUGGAGCCCGGAGUUGCGAGCGGAGGUCAAGAACUUCAAGAUCUUCUUCGUGCAUACGCCCAAUCGCACCUACUAUCUGGACGAUCCCCAAGGCUAUGCCAUACAGUGGGUCGAGGCAAUUGAUAACAUGUCGAAACUGUGCUACGGCGAUGCGGCCCUUAGCUCGACGCCGGCGACGACAACAGGUGGCGCCAGCGAUGCAGCAGCGGCGACGUCGACUGCGACGACGAGCAUCUCCUCGUUCGCCUGCUCGACGGGCGGCAGCAGCAACAGCCUCGCCAUAGUCGGCAACACGAAUUCGCCUGCCUCCAACAACAGUUCGCCGACAGCGCGGCGAAGUUCGCCGGCGCAGCGACAGCAAAUGGAAACAACAACAACAUCGGCAGCAGCAGCAACAACAACAACAGCAACAACAGUUAGGGGCAAAAAGACAGCGUCCAAUUGAACAGCUGAACACGUGUCGUGACUGUUGUCGUUAUUUAGAUUUAAAUGCAAAUUAAAUUCUAAUUUAGUUGAAAUUUAGUGCAAACAACAAACACCUAGAAGAUACCCACACACACAUAUACAUAUACAAAAACACACACCCAUAAAUACACACACAUACAUACUGAGAAAUAAGUUAGAAAUGCAAGGAAUGUGUCGAAAUUUGUUGAAAUAUCAAAUUAACAAUUUAAUUUUCGUGCUCGUCUCUCGUCUGAAUGUUUGAUCAAUUUGUGCAUAUAUAAAAAUAGAGAAAGGGUGGGUGGGACAUAGACGGAGAGAGAGAGAGAAAGAGAAAGAGAGAGAGAGAGUGGGGUGAGAGGGAGUGUAAAACUAAAAAACAUAUAUAGAAUACAAUUAUAAGCAGAAGUACGUAUGAAAAAAUAUAUACAUAAAUUUAAAUUAAA